AUGGAGCGCUCACGAGCAAAGAGGUCCUUCAAGGACCAAUACCUUAUCGCCUACAACGCACUCUCCUGCGUCCUCUGGUUCGGUGUUCUCGGCCGCACCAUCCUUCUUCUCCCUCUCGUGGGCCACGAGAACGUCUAUGGCGGUGUCGGCGAGUACACCAAGCUUACGCAGACCCUCGCGCUGCUGGAGAUUGUCCACAUAGUCCUCGGGCUCCUGCGCAGUUCGCUCUUCACCACGAUUGUGCAGGUCUCGUCCCGCAUCCUGCUCGUGUGGGGGGUCGCAAACCUCUUUGAGGCGCCUCAGGAAUCGCUGGCGUACAGCACCAUGCUCAUUGCGUGGUCAAUCACGGAGGUGUACAGGUACAGCUACUACGUUACGAACAUUCUGGGCCGCACCCCCGGGUUCUUGACCUGGUUGAGGUAUAACACGUUUUUUGUCCUGUACCCGUUGGGGGCGGGAAGUGAGGCGGUUUGCAUCUUCCGUGCGUUGUCGGAGGCGAAGGAGUUCAAUAUCAACUAUUACUACUUCUUGGUUGCGGUUUUGCUCACGUACCCUCCUGGCCUGUACAAGCAGUACACCCACAUGAUUUCUCAGCGCAGGAAGAACAUCAGGGGCAAGAAGAGACAGAACUAG